AUGCGCCCUCAAAAGCCUAUUCCAGAUGUCACAACCAGUUAUCUGUUCUAUUUUGACAUGUUUGUACGAGCAAAUAGUUUCACCGGACGAGAGCCAUCUUUCAUUAUUGACAUCCAACGGUUGACAAAAUCAUCUGCCAAUGUGGUCCCUCACGCGAGUCGCUCGCUGUUCGAUGCUAUGCUCGCUCUCGGCGCCAUGCAAGCCCACUCUCUGGGCGCUAUGGCACACAACAACAACCUAGGAUUCGCCUUGCGGUCGUACCAGCAGUCUCUUUUUGAACUGCGCAGUGCCGUCUCCAACUUUUCUCCGACGCGGAGAGACUCCAUAGCCUGGUCUACUUUCUUUCUUGGCUUAUUCGAGCUGCUGCAAGACGCCUCGGGACAAAAGUGGCUUCAACACAUGGUCUUUGGCACGGCACAAGCACAAGCCCUUGUUGCCAGCGGUCCUGCGGCGUGUAAGUCGGGCACGAUGAGGACGUUCUUCGUCCAGGCGCGCACGUUCGAAGCAUGCAGGUCAAUCAUUUUCAAUCAGCCCAGUUUCCUGGCAGAUCCGGAAUGGAUUAGCCUGACGAACUGCCUCUCGACCAAUUUGGAUGAGAUUCUCAAGACGGUCGAAUUCACGCGCAAGGCCUUCCCAGUUCAGGCAACGUCGGACGUCCAUCUGAGCGAGGGCCUGGAGUUGGCGACUGAGGGUUUCAGCUUGCGAGAAGCACUUGAUUCUUGGGAGUUUACCGCGUCGUUUCUUCCGGAAUCAACAGACGAGAGGCUGCUGUCAAUUGCAUAUCACUCAGCCACCAGCAUCUAUCUGUCAGGGAAUUACGAUUAUGACCUGGCACACUGGCAGGGCCUGGGCGUUGCGGUGCCGAUAUUGAGUGCAAGUCGGAUUGAAGAGCACUUUGACGCCAUCGUCGCGACAGUCAUCGAGGCUUUGAAGGGGUCUAGUCUGUCGCCGUUGCUGUUCUUGUUUCCGCUGAGGGUUGCUGGGGCACGUGCGAAGCAGCGUCAGCAGCGAGAGGCUGUCAUUAAACUAUUGCAAAGGAUUCGACGCAACUUUAUCGUGGCAGAUGCGAUGCUGGAAGAUCUGAGAGAAUUGUGGAAUCGGACUAUUGGCUAA